AUGGUGGCGAUGGAUCCAGAACACUUUUUUCCUUCCAACCGUCAUGAACAGUACCACGAGCAUCAUGAUCACUACGAGUAUUCGAUCCCCAUCACACCGUCGCAACCACAGAGUCCCCAACCACGUCGUUUGCUAACGUCCACGGCCACUCCCAUCCAUCAUGGCGAGACACUGCCUCUGAUGCACAAUGCCUUUCGCAACUACGGACUGUUGAUUACCUUGGACGACGAUCAGUUGUGUCUGCAGUUCUGUCCCGAUCAUAGUCUGGGUCAAGUGCAUCCCAAUGCGUAUGCGCCGACCGAAAUUAGCCACAUUCAAAAAUUGGGAGGAGGUGGUAGUGGAGUGGCUGUCUUUGAAGGACAACAUCCCGUCUUGGGUGACGUCGUCAUGAAGCACGGGAGUGACAAGGAUUUGGUAGAGCUCUUUGCGCUCAGUACCGUGGCCGAUGAACUCAAGACAAGAGGCCAUGGCGACAAGGACAACCAAGCGGCAGCCAGACAUAUUCAACAGCGGAUACCUGAAUUCAAGUUUAUUUACAUUUCUCCACAUCACUUGGGAGAGAAUCGAAAAGCACUGUGGAGGAGAUUGCGAGAUUUGGACCGUGGCAGCAGCGGCAGCUUUUUGCUGCCCGUGGAUGAAAUGACAGAGCUGAGCAGUAACAGUGAAGAAGAAUCCGAUAGUCAUUCCAAGACGACCAAGAUGACGUCCUCGGAGCGGUCUCGGGUCAGUUUUCUCGACGAGGAGACCAUGCUAGAGGAGGACGACUAUGAAGAUGGUACUUCGGCGGCAGAAGCCAACUUUCAACUGCUCAAAAAGGUCAGCAGCUUGCAAUCCGUCGUGAGCAAAGACAAACCCAAUCCAGAAUUAUUUCCGCCAGGGGUCGAAAUUACCAAAUCUGGAACGGUCUCUGGUCACAGAGACAUUGCCAUUUUGGUAGCACCCCGGGGAACCACGGAUCAGUGCUUUGUCAAAUUAAAGGCGGACACGCUCCGGAUUGUUCUCCCAGCAGGAAAGUUUGAUCAGGAAGAACCCAGUCAAAGCAACAACAGCGGUCACACCGGAAGGAUUCGAAUUCACGGCGAUGGCUAUACUGUACUCAAAGCCAUUACCGAUGAUCUCAUCACGUUGAUGAAGUCCAACCGGUGGAAAUUCACUUUUGGGCAAAAGCGAAUUGGUAGCGCCAACCCCAAGACAGGCAACGAAUGGCUCUAUGAAGCUCGACUGUGUGGAAGUGUGCUGAACAAUCUCGUCACGCAAAAGAUCAAGUUGGUGUGGGAUCUCGUGCGAUUGACUGCGGACAACGAACAGGAUCCCAAGGUUUUGGAGCAGAUUCGGGAGGAAGUACAACAAAUGAAAGAAUGCAAACACCUGGAGGCGGAAGAUUUAUCCGAUCUAGUCGACAAUUAUGUGGGAAACGCCAUCAAAAAGAACUUUCGAUCCGAAACCGGUCGCAUCCCCGUCUUGCUGUUGCUGGGAACACGAUUCCGCGAAUACAGCGAGUACUGGACACAGUCCUUCUUGCACAUUGGUGGCGGGAAUAAACGUCAUAAUCGACAGCAAUCGCCGUUUGCGCAAUCCAGCGGUGCCAACAUGAUCCUGACGACUGAAGAGAAAGUACCCGCACAUUACUUGGGAUGCAUCACCAAUCCAGGUGCACUCGUGGGUGACUUCUUUCAAAAGGCACCAAUGGUACCGACCGUGUUGGAAAACAUGGGAUCCGGUUACUGGCAAUGUCUUCUCUCCAAGGCAGUCGAGCUUCCCGAUCAAAACUGCCAUUCGUCGAUGUAUUGGAAAAGACUUUGGACCAGCGGUUUGGCCGAUGCCGGUCUUCACAAUCUCUUCGUCACGGAAGAUCGGCUGUGGCUCUUUGACCUGGGAGAGCCGACGCUAACAUCCGUACCUGGAUUCUUGACAAAAUUCCUGUUUAGCUUCUUCCAUACGCUGGGAAUGCAGGAGAGAAAUGACGGUGCUGACAAUGGAGGCAUGUGGAUACGAAGGUUUGAACUGAAUCAUCGAACCAAGAAGUUGAAUCUCACAACAGAAACAAAUCGAUUGCUAGCAAAAGGUUACAAAGCGUUCCAGCUGUCCUUGGACCGGAUCGUAAAAGAAGUAUUCAACGGAGACGACACUGUUCGAUGGCUCUUGCUCCAGUAUGUGACUCUGCAGCUUAUCUCCGAUGCAUCGUUCUGCUUGCAAAAGUGGACUGUAAAGGGAGGAGGUCGUGCCCGUGACAUGAAUCAUCAAGAAGGGCUCGAAAAAUGGCUGUGGAGGGCGCUUUGGGAUAUUUUUGUGGCGUGCGACAUUAACAGUCCGGCCUCCUUGAAACGAUUCAAGGCGACGACACCUGAGCCACACAUGUCCGAUGCCCAACGAGUUUUCCAAGAACGUCAUGUAGCCCUGAUACAAGGUUUGGCGUUCGAAAACGUAACAAUAGGCGGCGGAGACGGGUUCAAAGGCUUUCACCCAUUUGUGAAUGCAAGUGGAUGA